CAUUUUUCAUUAAUUUUAUUUAAGAAAACUAGGUUGCAUAUACACAUGAGUAUUAAAAAUCAACAACAAAAAGGUUUUAGAAAUACACAACAUCAAAGUGCUGUUCAAGUAGCUGAUAAGAGAGUGGUUUGUGACAUGGGUAUUUCUGGCAGCAGUGACAAUGCUAAGCCUAUGUUUCCAAGUCUACUGUUGCCUAGAGUUCAAGUAUUGACUUAAUUUUUGAGAGAUUAUGAAGGCCUCAGCUGUCCACCUUGAAUAUGAGUCUGCAUGGAGAACUAAGAUGGGGCAAUUUUACCAAAGGGCAACUGUUGCAGUAUGCCAGUAGACACUACCAGCUGAUUUAAAUCAACCAUGCACUGUCACUGUCCACCAGGCACAUAUGCAGCUAUUUUUCCCCUUUCAAGAAGGGACUCUGAAUUGAGAUGACUAGGCUGAGGGUAGAGACAGUGUCUCCAGUGAGAGUCACAGUAAAUGUUUCAGUUGUAAAUUCUACUAGUCCAGAAAAAUAACAGAUUUUACUGCCUAUAAUAUCUGAGUAGUAGAGUUUUUAACUUACAGUUAUUAAGGACCAAUGUAAAAUAAGUUUUUCCUUUUUUUUAAGCAAUGGAGAUUCAAUACUACUGAAUAAAGUAAAAUUGUUACAUGUCACCUAAACUGUAUCUCUUGCAACGUGUAUGCCAUUCUAAAAUACUGCAAAUUAACAGUUUGAUAUUUUUAGAACUUUUAUCAGCAUUAAUACAUAUAUUGAUUUGUAUUACCUUUACAUUUAAAGGCUGUAUUUGUAAUGGUAAGAAAUGGAAAGUGUAAUUCAUAUUUAAAUGAAAACGCCAAUCUUGGAAACUUUUGUGGUAUUUGCCUGGAAGAAAGGACUCUUCAAAUCCUUGUAUUUACUGCUUACUUUCUUAUGGUUCUUGGCAGGCUUUAGAUGAACUAGCAACUAGUCACUACAGUUUUGACCAAAGAAAGAUACAACUACCUCCCAUGAUAUCCCCUUUAGUCAACACAAGUUGAUGCUGGACCUCAUUUGCACACAUAGUUACUAUGUACUAUUUUCUAAGUUUUAGAAUAAAUGAUAUUUUGUAAAUCCACACUGUUUUCCUACUCAUCACUGUUAAAUUUAUUUUAUAACAGAUUUUACGAAGUUCUUUGCAGAAGAAUAUUUGACCGGACCUAGAGGAUCAUGAUGACAACAAGAUUCAUCUGUUUAAUACUAGUAACUGUUGUGGGAGUUACUACAAGUGAAACACAGGAAUUUGAAGGCAAUGACAAGGAAAAAGCCCAAGAAUUCAUUUAUAUGAAUAGAUAUAAGCGUUCCAGUGACACACAGGACAAAUGCACUUACACCUUUAUUGUACCUCAGCAGAGAGUGACAGGUGCCAUUUGCGUUAAUUCUAAGGAGCCUGAAGUUCUGCUUGAAAACAGGGUAAAUAAACAAGAAUUACAGCUACUUAACAAUGAACUUCUUAAACAAAAGAGACAAAUAGAAACUCUCCAGCAACUGGUAGAGGUGGAUGGUGGAAUUGUUAAUGAAGUUAAACUCUUAAGAAAAGAGAGCAGAAAUAUGAAUUCUCGUGUCACGCAACUCUACAUGCAGCUAUUGCAUGAAAUUAUCCGAAAACGUGAUAAUGCCUUAGAACUUUCUCAACUUGAAAAUAAAAUUUUGAACCAAACUGCAGAUAUGUUGCAGCUUGCAAACAAAUACAAAGACUUAGAGCACAAGUAUCAACAUUUGAUGUCAAUUGCAAAUAAUCAGACAAUAAUAAUUGCCCAGCUGGAAGAACAUUGUCAAAGAAUGCCAUCCAUAAAGCCACUGCCACAAACUCCACAACCACCAAUUAAAGUGUACCAGCCUCCUACUUACAAUCGCAUUAAUAAUCAGAUAUCUACUAAUGAGAUUCAAAGUGACCAGAACUUAAAGGUUCUGCCACCUACCUUACCAACCAUGCCUGCAGUUACUAGUAUUCCAACUUCAACUGAUAAACCAUCUGGGCCCUGGAGAGACUGUCUACAAGCAUUAGAAGAUGGCCAUGACACGAGCUCCAUCUACCUUGUAAAACCAGAAAACACAAACCAGCUUAUGCAGGUCUGGUGUGACCAACGGCAUGACCCCGGUGGCUGGACUGUCAUUCAGAGACGGUUGGAUGGCUCUGUAAACUUUUUCAGGAACUGGGAGACAUACAAGCAAGGAUUUGGUAAUAUAGAUGGAGAAUAUUGGCUUGGAUUAGAAAACAUUUAUUGGCUAACAAAUCAAGGCAACUACAAACUGCUCAUAACAAUGGAAGACUGGUCAGGUCGAAAAGUAUUUGCUGAGUAUGCCAGCUUCAGACUGGAGCCAGAGAGUGAGUACUACAAGCUGAGACUAGGACGCUACAACGGCAACGCGGGAGAUUCUUUCACUUGGCACAACGGCAAACAGUUCACCACACUAGACCGGGACCACGAUGUAUACACAGGUAACUGUGCUCAUUACCAGAAGGGAGGAUGGUGGUACAAUGCAUGUGCUCACUCAAAUCUCAAUGGAGUCUGGUAUCGUGGAGGACACUACCGCAGUCGAUAUCAGGAUGGUGUUUACUGGGCUGAAUUUCGGGGAGGAUCAUAUUCACUAAAGAAAGUUGUUAUGAUGAUAAGACCUAACCCUAACACAUUUCACUGAAAUAAUUCUUCUCUUGGUUUGCUUUCUUGUUCUAGAAAUCACAUAAAGCUAUGGUUUUAUUACCUGAAUUUAUCUUUUCAGAAAUGAGGAAUGUAAGAUACUGUACAUUUAAUGGUAAGGUAUGAGAGCUUGUAUAUUAUAUUUUCAAGAAUCAUCCCAGGAAAAAGAGCUGAAGAAAAGGAACUGUAAUAACAUUCAGAACACCUCUUGGUCCUAUUGGAACUUGCAGUUUAGAUGAAAACUGUAGAUAAACUUCCUGGUUUUUAUUCCCUGUAAAUUAAGUCUGGAUGAUAAAAAUAUUGCCACCACAUUUAAGUAUUUUUGUAUGUUAUGUAUAAAUAUUCUCAAAUACAGGAAAUAUUACAAACUGUACAGCAAGAGUUUAAUUAUUAUUAUUGUUGUUAUUAUAAGCCAUCAUUUGACACAGGAAUCAUAUCCUUUGAACUAUGUAGCUUGUAUAUGUACAUUAGUGUGAUCAUUAUGUAAUCUUUGUUAAUUACCAUGAAUAAAGUUAGCACUAUAUAAUUCUG